ACACGUUUAAUACUACAAAUGGUGAUUUAUAUAUUUUUGUCUUAAGUAAACCAACAAAUAAAAUUUGAUGAACAUUAAUUUAAAAUUAAGUACAUUAAGAGUUGGGAAUGCAUUAAACAGAUAUAUACUUUAUUGUAAGAAUUGAUGAAUAUAUACAGAUUAUUAAGAACACAAUAUUUAUUGAAAAUACGUGAAAUGAAACAUUCACCGUGAAGAUUAAACGUGAGAUUAUAAUCACGUUUUUAUUUAUCACACAUACAUACAUUGGAGCACAAAUUAUUGAACAUAUCGAAGUUUGCGCCUAUCUAUUGAUAACAUAACAAUUCUAAUACUUAAUAUCUUAUUAAAGGUGUGUUAAUUUUUUUCAAUCUAAUUUUAUGACAUUCUUCGCUCUUUUGGUCGUAAUUGGUGUUAGCUCUUUAAGUUUAAAUCUUUUUCAAUUUCUUCGAUUGAUAAAAACGAAUAAGAAUAUCUUAGAUUCAUUGUUGCAUGGUGCGAUGAUUUUUAUUCAUGUGGCUUAUAUGUUCCUCGUUAAUUAUGUGGGACAAAUAUUAAUAGAUCGUGGAAAAAUGCUGUUCAAAGGAACUUAUAAUGGAAUGUGGUAUGCAGCACCAUUACAUACGCAAAAAUUGGUAUUAUUUGUAAUGCAGAAUGCAUCGUUCAGUAUCCAUGUAGGAUAUGGUAACACACUUAUUUGUUCCUUGGAAGGUUUUGCUUCGCUUGUAAAUGCUGCAGUAUCCUACUUCACAGUGAUUUAUUCUACGGGACUAUAACGCAAAUAUAACUAGGAUAGAUAAUUUAUUAUUUAUUAGAUGAAUGUUUAAAUUAACAUA